AUGCUUCCACUAUGGCAACCGAAGCCUUGCUUCCACCAGCCGCUUUGUUCCAGCUUGCAACAGUCUAGUGCAUUGGUGCCAGCUGAAGUGAACCCGAAGAAGUCGCACCACAACACCAUUAACCUUUGUGACCUCGACGGCCAGACAGAGGAAGAGAAAAAGGAAGGAAGCACACAGUGGGCCCCAGCUGUACGUCCCAGUGAGACUCCAACAAGCCCCUACUUCUCUCCACGAUGGGUGGAAGAUUUCAAGGAGCCCUUAACAUUCUUAGAAGAGGACAAGCUCGCCCAAAUUAAAAAACAGCAUAUGUGCCAGAAACUGAGGGCCCAGAGUGAAAACGAACGUGAAGUGGUGCAAGAAGACCUUGCUCCUUGUGUACCUCUAGAGGACGUUCCCGCGCUAGAAGCUCUGCCUAAGCUCACCUCGGAGGUGGAAGCGGUGAUCGACAAUGCGCUCUCUCCAACCCCUCCAGAUGAAGUGUUAGCCAGCGGAUUUCGCUUGACCGUCACUCGCCGCGACACGGAAACCCUCGCGGGGCUCAAUUGGCUGAACGACGAGGUCAUCAACUUCUACCUGAACAUACUCGUCGAGCGAGGCCGCACACGUAACUUUCCCAGCGUGUACGCCUUCAGUACGUUCUUCUAUCCCAAGCUCGUAGCUGGUGGACAUGUUGCGCUGAGACGGUGGACGAGGAAAGUGGACAUUUUCUCGCACAACCUGGUUUUGGUUCCUGUGCACUUGGGAGCACAUUGGUGCCUGGCGGUCAUUGAUUUCCGCAGCAAAACGAUCCAGUAUUACGAUUCGAUGGGGGGAUCUAACCAGGAAUGCCUGAAGGCUCUGCGUGACUACUUGAAGGACGAAAGCUUGGACAAGCGUCAAGCGAAUCUGGACAUGAGUGAAUGGACACUGGAAACUGUUAAGGGGGUGCCGCAGCAGAUGAACGGAAGUGAUUGUGGGAUGUUUGCGCUUAAAUAUGCGGAAUCCAUUACUCGCGAUGCGAAGAUCACUUUCAGUCAGAUGGACAUACCCUAUUUCCGCAGGAUAAUGGUCUAUGAAAUUUUGACGAAGAGACUUCUCUGACCCGUUACUGUACUGUAUUUGUCCGUCCAUUAUACAUUUGUUUGUCUCUGAGCACACUGCGUGUA